UCGAACUAUGACUUGGCGGGGAGUGCCUUGAAAGGCUCGCCUAUGUCGGUUAUCCCCCAACUCCCAACCCACGAGAUGUGCGCGAGGACGGUCGUCUUUGCAAUUGUUACAAAACAGUGCGCGCGUUUUGAGAAGUAUUCAUUUCAAUUGAUUGUCAAGCGUUUAAGUGAUGCUUUUCGAUAAACUCGAAUAGUUCUAAAACAUGAUAUUUUCUUAAAAAUAGGUGAAGUAAAAGAAUAAAUAUGCUGCUCAAAAUCAGAACGGGUGUUUUACAAGCUGUUGGCAAGUUUCAAUGGGAGAUAUAGCGCAAGUCGUGGUGUUUGUUGUUCUGCUGACGUUAGGCGGCUGUUUAGGUCUUUCAUGGUAUUUCAUACGAAGCAUCCACGUGAGGUCAGAGAAUGCCGGACCAAACAACAGCUCGGCCAACUCGAGAAUACAGCAGAAGCGGUGCUUCAUAGGCAAAGGGCAAGGAACAAAGAAGGGUAAAGCGCCUCGCAAACACCCACCCUCCCAGCAUCGUGAAAAGAAGCGAGUGGAGGAUGAUGUCUACCCAUCUGACUUGGCCAGUAACACCUUCUCCUACCAUGAGAUCGGGGAGUUUCCUGCAUUUUGGCUGAGCGAAUGCGACCACAACUGGUUAAACUGGAUGCCUAAUCUAUAUCAUGGGCUUGCUGGCUGGGCUGUUAACUGGUUCCCUUGGAGCUGUUUUUUAAGUGUACGUUAUCUCUCAUCCUGGAGGCAACUCUUGUCUUUAAAGAACACUAUCUAUCGAUGGCCUCAAUUGCCAAGUAAUGAUUGUGAAAAUAGAAGGGUAAUUGCUUUCGAGGAAUGUCCACCGGAUAGUAGACUAAUGCAAACUAAAAAGACUUUUCCCGCCACGAGCGGAGCUGAUCACGUGAUCCUAUCGUCUGGAGCGGGAGACGUACAUCAGAGAAUUGCGUCUACACUUCCGGUGACUGCGUCACAUCCAAUUUACAUGCAAGCUACUCCAUCCACUUCUGGCGAGCCCAGCAAUGUCAAUAGCUGCGUGUCCAGGGGUGGGGGUGUUGAAAUAUAUGGGCGCUUAAUAUUUCCUGCAUUAUAUUUUGGAGCAGCUGCUUUAGGUCUAUUUGUGGCGUAUAAAUACACCAAGUAACACACUGUC